AUGAUAAGUCAAAUAGAAAACAAAUUAGAGAAAUAUGAAUACGAAAUGAAAGGUUAUCUACAACAAAUACAAAAGGAAGUCGAUAGAAUAGCGGAAGAAACAGAUAUAAAACUAGAGAGUCAGAGGAAGGAAAUACAUAAACAAAUAGAAACUGUGGAAGAGAAAACACGCAAAAAGAUACAAGAGGGAAUAGAGAAGGUGGAAUGGAAACUGGAGAGAGCUUUACAAGAAGAUAAGGUCGAAACCAAAAAGGAAAUUAAAGAAAUCCAAAAGACAGUAGAAGAAAUAGAAAAAGAGCUUUUAUUAGGAAAAAUCGAGAAGUUAUUAUACAAACCUCUAGUGACAUUAAGAUCAAAUUUCGCGGGACAUAAGAAAACAACAUCCAGUGACUUUCAUUCGAAUAAUUAA